UGGAUGACGCGCCCAUUCCUCUGGACGCUGAUUGGCUGAAGGGACCCAGAGCCUGAGAGCGCCAGAAAACAAGCUUGAGCGGGGGAUGCUGCCGUCUCCCCGGGACAGAGCCCAAUCCUACGCGAACCGGACAGGAGGAGCAGCCUGGAGGGACAGUCAGAGGACGGGCCGCCUUAUUCUAAAUAAUAAGUACUAAUUAGCUGCUAUGUUAGUCUGAAGAAAAUAGGCACGGACACGUCGAUAGAAGCGGACUCAGACCUUUACUGCUCACCCAUUCAUUCAGCAGCAGAACAAGGUUCCCUGAUGGAAGUGGAAUGUCUCGCCCUGAAAGACCUCACGAGCCCCCGGAGAGGUUCCCCGGAGGAGGAGGAGGAGGAGGAGGAGGAGGAGGGCCGGGGCGAGCACAAGGAAAACAUCUGCGUGGAGAGGAGGCGGUCCACGCCGAUGAAAGCCGCUGAGUCCCCUGGCCUGCUGCUGAGCAGGAAGGCCCCCCCCCCCGACCUGGCCCACGUCACCCCCAUCAAACACGCGGCGCUGGCCGAGCCCUGGACGCCCACCGCCAACCUCAAGAUGCUGAUCAGCGCGGCGGGCCCGGACAUCCGGGACCGAGAGAUGAAGAAGGUUCUGUUCAGACCCAUCGAGAACGAGAGGGCCGCGCCGGAGAGUCCGGACACGGAGCUGGAGGACUCCUGUCAGUUUGAAGCGGUGGACGAGGAGGACGACGCCGACAAGAAGCCCAGCAGGAAGCAGAAGAGUCUGGGUCUGCUGUGCCAGAAGUUCCUGGCCCUCUACCCCGACUACCCGCCCCCCCACAGCCCCAUCUGGAUCUCUCUGGACGAAGUGGCGAGCAGCCUGGGAGUGGAGCGGCGCCGCAUCUACGACAUCGUCAACGUGCUGGAGUCGCUCGCCAUCGUGGGUCGGAUCGCCAAGAACAGCUACACGUGGCACGGCCGCCUGCGGCUGGACGCCACGCUGGAGGAGCUGCAGCGCCGCGGCCGGCAGCAGGGCUACCACCUCCAGAUGGACCCGCCCGCCAGCGGGGGGGCGGCGGGCCGCGAGGACGACGGGGCGGACGGAGACGCCGGCAGCGCCGGCGGCAACCGGAAAGACAAGUCUCUGCGCAUCAUGAGCCAGAAGUUCGUGAUGCUCUUCCUGGUGUCCAAGACCCAGACGGUCACUCUGGACGCAGCCGCCAGGAUCCUCAUCGAGGAGGGCCAGGACCCGUCCAGCCACAGCAAGUACAAGACCAAGGUGAGGCGGCUGUACGACAUCGCCAACGUGCUGACGAGCCUGGCCCUCAUCAAGAAGGUCCACGUCCGCGAGGAGAGGGGCAGGAAGCCGGCCUUCAAGUGGCUCGGACCCGUGGACUUCACCGCCGCCGGACGUGGUGUGGGCGUGGCAGCCGCCUCGCUGCCCGAGGCCACGCAGCCAAUGGCUGGCCUGGACCCCAGGAGAGCCAAGAUGGCACGCCACGCCUCCUUCAACGCCCCGCCCUCUGCUGCGGCCGAGCGGCGGCUCGUCAACUCGGCGCCCAGCAGUCCACGGCGAGACGGUCUGCCCACAGAGCCGGUGGACUAUUCCAAAAAGACGACAAGCAACAGCGCCGUGUGUCGACUGCAGUUUGGAAACAGCACCGAGCCCCGCCCCGCCGCCGGCUGCAGCCCUCAGGCUCCUCCCCCCGCCCCCCGGGCGCCGCCUCUCCACCCGGAGCAGCUCUUCGCCGCGUCCCCCUCCCCCCACUGCCUGGCCUACCUGCCCAGCCUGUCCCAGCCCUCGGUGGUCAUGCUGUACCGAGCCUCCGAAGGCCCGAGGUCGCCGGGGGCGGAGUCUGAUGAGGGGAGGAAGAGGAGGAGGGAAGAGGAGGGGACGGUGGGGAAGAGGAAGGGAUGUGACGAGAGCGCCGCUCCUCAGGGGGACGCGGCGCCGCGGUCGCCAGCCGGUCUCAGCAGGACUUCCCCCAGAGAGCGGGGGCGGGGCGAGGGGCUGGAGCCCCCCCCACCGUCGCACUACCUCUAUGUGCCCAACAACGCAGGUCUGAACGGACUCAACUUCCUGCUCUCCGCCGGCCCGCCCCCCUCCGGCCUCGCGCUCCCCCACGGCGGCGUCCCCACGCUGGCGCUGCCCUACGUCUUGGUGCCGUCCGCCGCCCUCGCCCACUACCCGCCGGGCCCCGAGGCCCACCGCGGGAACCUGAGCUUCAGCCUGCCCGCCCACUUCAUGGUGGGGGCGGGGCCGUACGGCCCGGCGGCGCCGUUGCCGUCGAAUCCGGUGCAGAGCCGGCUGUACGGGUUAGCGGCGCCACACUCCCCCUCAGGAGGGCAUCACACCGCCGGCACACACACACCAGAACCACCAGAACCACUGACUCCUCACACUCCGAAGGAAGCGGCCCGCUCGGCCUCCAAGGCCUUCUUCCAGACGCCGGGCACUCUGGGAAGUGGAGUCAGCGUCGCGCCGGCGGCCCGGAGGAGAGGCUCCGCCCAGAGGAGGCUGGACGUCGGCCACCCGCCCGGCAACCGGCCGGUCGCGUGAGGAGCGCCGCCGGCCGAGAGCCGCGGGACACUCGGGUUGAUCUGCAGGAGGAGACGGUGGUUUAUUAGUUCAUAAAUUAAUGAAGGAAUUUCCUUCCAAAAGGCUUUAAUAUAAACUGAAGCAAAACAUUCAGCAGAGACAUCAAAUAUAUACAUUCCUAAAAUAACAUUUUAAAAUAAAAUUCCAUAUCCGAUGUCGCGUUCUUACCAAAGUCUUUCGUUAUUGAGCCUCUGGUUAAGUGGAUGACUCCAUUGCCAGUGUCACAGCGCCCCCCUGUGGUCGGAUGCGGUCACUGCUGUCUUAUAUUUCUCAGAUGUGAUCAAGCUACCUACCUCCCUCGUGUAUUAUAGGUCAACUGCUAUUUAUAUUUGAGCUAAUAUAUGACUACAGGACUGUAACAGGACACUUAUCUGACAGAAUGUCUCAUUUUGAAUUAAUGGCUGUUAGCUGGCCUCUUCAGGCUCUGUUGCAUCAUCGCGGUAGAAAUGAAUUCCUCUGAGCUGCAGAUCCCCGUCUCUUCAGACUGAGGAGAGACAUCUCAGCCGUCUCCAGGACCAGGUCUUGGUCCGCCUGGCGCAGCGUUGCCCUCCAGGAACACGCUCCUGGUGCCGUGUGCAAAAGGCUGAAGGCGGUUCCUGACGCCUGAGGGACAAAGUGACGCUGCUCUCAGCUACUUGAAUACUUCAUCAGAGUACUGUAAGAUGUGUUCUAUCCAGGGGAAGCCGACUGAGCUCAGUAUCGCCCCUCCAACCUCCGCCUGCUGCUGUCGGGGGGGAAGUGCCUUCAAUAAAAGGAACCGUGGCCGAGAUGAGAGUUGAAUUGCAGAUUUCAGCUUCUGAAGUUGUCGACCACUCGCCAAAACAUUGGUGCUUGUCGUGAAUGCUUUAGGAGAGCUUCGCGGCGGCGCCUCACCACAGGGUGCACACGAGUCCACUCAGUGGGUGUGUAUUCAUUAAAGUACAAUCAUAUGUCUGACUGUUG